AUGUCGAAUAUCCCGCCAGUUUCAGGUCCUCCGCCAACCGAUGCACACUCGCGUGGCAACCGCGGUUCGCUCGAACGAAAGAGACGCCAUGUAGACGAAGAGAUUCUCUCUUCUACUACGGAGCAUCGUGAAUUCGUGCGCUCUCGGCCUCUUUCCUGGCAACCUUCUACCCCAGUGGAACCACCGCUGGGCUCUUCACAGCACCGCUCUAUUGGUGUCAACUCGAUCCUGAAUCAUCCGGCAACGGAAGGGCCAGGAGUCCGGACGGCAUCAGUAGAUGGUGGCCGCGAGAGCCUUGGGGAGCAGAUGUCACCAGACUCAACACCGUCUCAUUCUCGGUUUUCUUCGUCAUCAACAGUGCAUCUUCCUUCCCCAUCUAUGCACACCCCAAAACCUGCAGCUCUGUCACCUGGUAUGAGAAACAACCAGGGUAUAGCUCCUAUUUCGCCCUCUGCACGGCUCGUGGGCACAGCUGGAUACUUUCCCCCAAAGGCUGGUGGUCCGGGGCACUCGCCGCUAGCCCAGCAACUGCCUGGCGUACAGUCGGUAGCACCGGGAUCACCUUUACCAGUGGAGACCUCCUCUGGGCAUCCUCCGCCUAUAUCUGGUAUUUAUCACCACCACCACCAGAGUCCUGCGCCCUCGACAUCAGCAUUUGCAAGCCACCGAGCGAGUACGAACCACACCCCGACCCCUAGCUCCAAGGAGAGCAGCCCGACAACGCCCGUACCCAUGUUCAACCAGUUAGGCCGUUCAUCACCCGCCCUUUCUGCUGCACCACCACCCCAGCCAGCCCCAACGUACAUGAACUCUGCCCCAUACGCGACAGUUGAUCCUGUUUCUCGACUACCGGCAUCCCUUACUGGGCAGAGUCGCUCCGGUGGGACGGAAACACCCGGCGUGGGAGGGACCCAGAGCCAGUCCAGCACCCUUCGUCCAGGUAUGAUACCUUGUUUCGUCGACAUGAAGUCGGGUUCUUCAAGCCAAGCAGAGAAGCGGAAGGCCAACAGCGAUGCGUCCAGGAGAUUUCGCAACAGAAAACGGAACGAGAUGCAGAUGGAGCAGAAAAUUACUUCACAGCAGGAUGAGAUCCGGAAGCAGGUGGAGACGAUCCAGAAACAGGCCGAGGAGCUUGAAAUUUUGAUGGAACAGCGGGAAUUCUAUCGAUCUGAGAGGGACUACUUCCGUGAGCAAGCUUCUCACUUUGUCCAGAUCCCUGCCCGACCGAGAUCUCCUCACCUCCUGCGACCCAAGUCUGAAGCCACCGGGUCGGAGAGGGAGACUCAGGCUUGGACUGGAUCAGACGCCCCAUUGAAGGUUGAAGAAGAAACGCCUGACAUGCCCUCUCCCCAACGUGCGGCGGGGCCUCUCGCGCCCGCCCCAAGUGUUACCUCCCUUCCCGGUGCAAUGCCUGGGGGACGCUGGUCCGCUCCGUCGCCGCACUCGUCGGCACAGGCAGAAAGACUUGCACCGGAUGAGCGACAAGCAAGGCCGAUGCCUCCGACACCGGGCGCGUGGAAUCGUCCUGCAUAG